CGGAGCCUUCGGCAGGAGGCGUUAAAGAUUGCUGACUGAAACUGGUUUGUACUGUAUCUGGGAGAGUGUUGUUGCUCUGUAGCAGUCACGACUAUGUUUUACAGGAUUCUCUAACACAGUCAGAUAUGGCUGAAGUAAUUGCCGUCAGCCUGCACUUGCCGUCCACUAUGAACGCCAUCUUUCAGGUCCAGGAGGAGUGCAGCCCAACUGUUGCUCCUCCCGCCACUCCUCCUGUCUCUCAGAGCAGCGAGGACUAUCUGUUUGUGGAGACCAGGCACCCAAACACAGUCCUGCAGGGGCUUAACAGCCUGCGGCUCAACAACGCCUUCUGUGACGUGACUCUGUGCUGUGGAGGGCAGGAGUUCCCCUGUCAUCGCAUUGUGCUGGCCUCUUUUAGCUCCUACUUCCAGGCGAUGUUUUCAGCCGAUCUGAUUGAGUCCAAGCAGGAGCGCGUCGCCAUCAACGGGGUCGAACCUCAGAUGAUUGGCAUGCUGGUGAGCUACGCCUACACAUCAGAAGUCUACAUCUCCAAAGCGAACGUUCAGGCGCUGCUGGCAGCAGCCAAUCUGCUGGACGUGAUGGCUGUUCGAGAGGCUUGUUGUCGCUUUAUGGAGCGUCAGAUGGAUGAGAUGAACUGUGUGGGGAUUCACUGCUUUGCAGAGGCCCACUCUUGCAAGGUGCUGGAGAAGCGUAGCAUGGACUACAUUCUGGAGCACUUCAGCAGUGUCUGCCAGCAGGAGGAGUUCCUUUCCCUAUGUGUGGACAAACUGACAGAAAUCAUUACCAGUGACUUACUCAAUGUGCAUAAAGAGGAGAUGGUGUUUGAGGCUGUCAUGAUGUGGUUGAAUAAAUGUCCUUCACGCAAGCAGAGCUUUGAAAAGGUGCUCGAGCAUAUCCGUCUGCCACUUAUCAGCCCUUACUACCUCCAUGAUGUGAUAGAGUCUUUGGAUGUUGUGAGGGAGAGUCAGUGCUGCCAGAUGCUCAUCUCUAAGGCCAAGGACUAUCUGCUGCUGAAGGACCGCCGUGGAGAGCUCUACUGCCCCAGAGCAAGGCCCCGCAGGUCCACAGGGACAGCUGAAGUGAUAGUGACGGUUGGUGGGGAGGAUGACAAGGUGGUGCUGCGCAGCGUGGAGAGCUUCGACCCUGUAACGAACCAGUGGAAGAAUCUGGCGUGCCUGCCCUUUGCUGUGAGCAAACACGGACUGGUUGUUUCAGACUCGACUCUAUAUCUGGCAGGAGGCGAGUUUCCAGACGGCUCUGCCAGCAGAGAGAUGUGGCGCUAUGACUCCUGCUUUGACUCCUGGAUGGAGAUGGCUCCCAUGAAUGUAGCUCGCUCUGAGUUGGGCCUAGUGAUGUUGGACGGCUUUGUGUAUGCUGUUGGAGGGUGGGAGGGCCGCUUUCGCCUGGAUUCGGUGGAGUGCUACAACCCCCACACCAACUCCUGGCAGUCUACAGAGUCUGUAAAGAUGGCUGUUACAAGUCCUGCAGUGGUGGCACUUGACGGUCUGCUCUAUGUUACCGGCGGUGCAGUUUUGGAGGACGGCGACGGCACAAACCUUGCGCAAGUUUACAACCCUAAAACCGCAGUGUGGACAGAGGUCGCACCCAUGCAGAUUGCUCGCUCUGGUUCAGCUGCUUGUACGCUAAAAGGAAAGAUCUAUGUUAUAGGUGGUUGGCAUGCUUCAACAGAGAACACAGAUAAAGUGGAAUGUUACAAUCCCAAGACAAACCAGUGGACUAUGUGCGCCCCCAUGAAGGAACGACGCUACCGGCCAGGUGCUGCUGUUGUGGACGGUGAAAUCUAUGUCCUGGGAGGAGAAGAGGGCUGGGACAGAUAUCAUGACACUAUUGAGAGGUACUGUGAUGAAACCGAUAUGUGGGAGAUUGUCGGGGAGAUGCCCACCAGUCGCAGCUGGCUCAGCUGUGUGUCUCUUCAGCUGAGGAAGGACAUCCACCUAAGCGGCAGUCCUGGCGCACUGAACGACAACUGAAGGGCAAUGUCGAGGAAAAAGUUUUUAUUUUUUGCACUCACCUUUGCGUCAGUGCGCUACCAAGCUCAGAGCCGUGAAGACCAGUUAGGAGAGGCCCGGAAUUGGUUCAGAGCUGUGUGAGCUGUUACUGGUGACAAAGUGAUUUGUUUUAGGCAGAGGAGACUAAAAGUGCAGCUCUUGCUCACUUACUUAAUGCUUUUAGCACAUGGUUGAGAUGCCAAUAUUGUCUAAAUGUUCUCAAGUUCCUGUGACCCAUAACCAAGUCAGCAGUCUGAACUCACUCUAUAUGAUGUGAACAAUUCUAAGGUAUGGUUUGGAUGUCUGAGAUCCUCAUUCAAGGAUGCCAACAUAGUGUAUUUUUGUAUUGUUAUGUGAUGUAUUUAUUUGGCAUGUGACUAAAUGUCUGACUUUUGAGCCUUGUAAAGUUCUCAAGGCCACAUCAUCAUUUUGUGAGUAUACCUGUGGAAGAAGAUGUACACAUAUGAAAAUUUCUUUUUUUUUAAAGAAGUCAUGUUGGCUCUGAUUGUCUUUUAAACCUGUGGUAUGUUGAAUAUAUUUUUGUAAAGUGAUACAAGUAUUUCAUUUAAAUGAUUUUCAAUAGUUAAUAUGUAAUAAAGAUGUUAAAUUCAUAGACCCGUUUUAUUUUUUUCUAUCUUUUCAAAGUGGAACUUGAGAGUUUUUUUUGUUUGUUAAUGGUAAUGCAAUAAAUAACUUCAGUUGUUGGAGG